CUGCAAUAUUGAGGUCAAGGACGCAUGCGAAGAGAUAUAUUAGAAGUCAUGGCAAACAAGUUUGAUUUUACUCUGCGUGGAGGGUUGAAGAUGCCAGCUUUGGGUCUUGGGACGUAUGCACCAAAAGAAGGUGAUGAUGAUGUAUUCAAUGCUGUGCACACUGCAGUGAAGGCUGGAUAUCGCAACCUAGACUGUGCAGCCAUCUACAGAAAUGAGAGGGCUGUUGGCAGCGCCAUUAAGAAGCUGAUUGUGGAGGGAACAAUCCAGAGAGAGGAUCUCUUCAUUACCAGUAAACUUUGGAACACCUGCCAUAGACCAGAUUUAGUAAGAGCCAGCCUCAAGAAGUCACUUGAUGAUCUGGGGGUGAAGUACCUUGAUCUCUACCUGAUACAUUGGCCAAUGGCUUAUAAGGAGGGAGAAGAAUUUAUGCCUUUGGAUGAGAAUGGGAAAGUUAUCUUCUCUGAUGUUGACUAUGUUGACACUUGGAAGGCACUUGAGGACUGUGUAGAUGAAGGUCUGGUUAGAAACAUAGGAUGCUCCAACUUCUCUAGUGUUCAGAUACAGCGAAUUCUAGAUGUGGCCAGAAUAAGGCCCCAGGCCAAUCAGGUAGAAUGUCAUCUCCAUCUCCAACAGGAUAAACUGUUUGACUUCUGUAAGAAAAACAACAUAGUUCUUAUAGCUUAUUCACCGCUCGGAGCACCUGGAACGUUUGGAGACCCAAAGACUAAGAGUGAAGAAUAUGUGUCAUGUUUACAAGAGCCGAAGGUUGUGGAACUGGCAAAGGCUAAAAACAAGACUCCAGCACAAAUAUUGUUGAGGUUCAUCAUUCAACGUGGCUUAUCAGCUGUUCCAAAAAGUGUGAAACCAGAGAGAGUUGUAGAAAACUUCCAGAUAUUCGACUUUGAGUUGUCAGAGGAGGAAAUGGAACUUCUUCGUGCCUUAAAUAAAGAUUUCAGACUUAAUAUUGAAACAGUAGCGGUAGACCACAAGUAUUACACAUUCAAUGAUGCAUUCUAGGUGAUGUCAAACUUCAGUAUUUCAACACCCAAAGAUUUCCCCAUGUAGACAUCCAUCUUCAAUCUUACACCUUAGAAGAUCCAUGAGCAACUUAUUGUUGUAAACAUAGUGCUUUUUUUUGUUAAAUUUUUAUAUGCAUAUGCAUGUUCAAGUUCAUCUUUUUCUUAUUUUAUGCAGUAUUUUAAUUUCAAAUGUUAAGCUAAUCAGUUUGCUUAUCUGUUUUCCAAAGAGCAAAAAAAGAGAUAUGUCAUAGCAUUGGUGUCUAGCCAUCACUCAACAUCUAGAGAUAUUUAUCUAAAACUUAGUACACAUGUUAAGAGAGACAAUGUGGAUAUGUGCUGCAUAGCCCAAAUCUGUUACUUCAAUUAUUGAUGAGUUAUGCCCCUUGAUCAACUGAAGAAAAAACAACAAUCAAGCUUUUGCAUUUCUUGCCCAGCACUUAUCAAUGUUAAUUUGCUUCAUGAUUAUUGCGGGUUUCCUGUAUUUUGUAUUACUGUAUAUGUGAACUGUUUUUACCAGUGUAUCCACAAACAAAACCCUGCUUUUGUCAUGUGAGCAUAGAUAAACUUCCUUUGGUCAUGCAGGUGUAAACAAAACCAGCUCUAGCCAAAAGGGCAUAAACAAAAACCACCUGUGGUCAUAAGUGCGUAAACAAAACCAUCUUUGGUUAUCCAGACAUAAACAAAACAAUCCUGGUUGAUGCAGGCAUAAACAAACUACCUUUGGCCGUAAGGGCAUAAAACAUCUGGGUCAUGAGGGCAUAAACAAAACCUUCUUUGGUCAUGCAGCCAUGAAAAAAAACAACUUUAGGGUCUCUUGAAGGGACAUAUUAAGUUUCCUGUUAUUUUGGAACACAAAUAAACUUGUUAAAUGGAAGCUGUGUAUUUGCAUGCAUGUGCAGUUGGGAUAUUUAAUUGCAUUUACAUUUAUACUCACUUUUAUCAGGUUUGGAUGCUAUCCUACUUUUACGGCUUAAUUUAUUAUUUUCAAUAGGCCUGGUCUGACAUUGGACUAUAGUUUACUAUAGUCCGUUGUUUUUUUUUAAUUAUGUAAUUAACAAUACAUUGUUAAAAUUGAUAAAAAUGUGAUAUGUUAUAAUAUAUAUGUAUAUUACCUCUCAACAUAAUCAUGAAAAUUUGUCGCCUGAAAUAUUAUGCAAUAUUUUCUGUCAUGUAGAAAAAUCAUAUAGUUUUAGAUCAGAAUGUUGGGAGUUCAAUUCCUACUAGGAGCUUUGAUAAUGAUAAGUACUCGUUUUAAACCCAGGAAUGGUAAAUGGUUUUUAAUUUCAUAUACAUAGCAGCUGUAUAACACAUUUUUCACUUAAUCCAGAACUUCUGCAAUAAAAGAAACAACGGCUGUAUUUUGAAUAAUAUAGAUAAUAGGAGAGAAGCAUGUGAUAACAACUGUGCGCUAGUCAUGUUUAAAAGUAAUGUUACUUUCAGUAAUUUUGUAUCAUAUUACAGUCAUGCAUUUUGUAUUGGGGAAAAGAAGAAAUUAUGUAUUUGUAUUACUCAUUAAGAAGCUUGCAUAUAACUUAAUACAGCUUUUUGCAUGGUUUUAGCUCCGCCUACUUGAUUAACGUUAAAAGGAGUUAAUGUAUCUCUAACAUGGUACAUAUAAAAGGUUGUAUUACAAAUAAAAUAACAAUGAAUGGUCAUACAUAUUAUUGGCAGUGUGAAACAAGACAGUCAUGCCUUGUGUGUGGGUGAAAUCAGAAGAAACUAUGUAACGGUCUUACAUGCACAUCGAAGGGUGAAUGGGAAUAUGUUAUAUAUGCCUUUUGACUUGACAUCAUUUAAAUAUAUUGCUUUCACCUCUCGACCUGCAACUGUUGCAUGAUUGUCCUCUGGACCUGCAACUGUUGAAUGAUUGUCCUCUGUACCCGCAACUGUUGAAUGAUUGUCCUCUGUACCUGCAACUGUUGAAUGAUUGUCCUCUGUACCUACAACUGUUGAAUGAUUGUCCUCUGGACCUGCAACUGUUGAAUGAUUGUCCUCUGUACCUGCAACUGUUCCUUGUUUGUCCUCUGGACCUAUAACUGUUGCAUGUUUGUCCACUUGACCUGCAACUGUUGAAUGGUUGUCCGCUCGAUUUGCAAUGGUUGAAUGAUUGUCCUCUGUACCUGCAACUGUUCCUUGUUUGUCCUCUAGACCUGCAACUGUUGCAUGUUUGUCCGCUAGACCUGCAACUGUUGAAUGUUUGUCCUCUGGACCUGCAACUGUUGAAUGUUUGUCCGCUAGACCUGCAACUGUUGAAUGUUUGUCCUCUGGACCUGCAACUGUUGAAUGAUUGUCCGCUAGACCUGCAACUGUUGAAUGUUUGUCCUCUGGACCUGCAACUGUUGAAUGUUUGUCCGCUAGACCUGCAACUGUUGAAUGUUUGUCCGCUAGACCUGCAACUGUUGAAUGUUUGUCCUCUAGACCUGCAACUGUUGAAUGUUUGUCCGCUAGACCUGCAACUGUUGAAUGUUUGUCCGCUAGACCUGCAACUGUUGAAUGUUUGUCCGCUAGACCUGCAACUGUUGAAUGUUUGUCCGCUAGACCUGCAACUGUUGAAUGUUUGUCCGCUCGAUUUGCAAUGGUUGAAUGAUUGUCCUCUAGACCUGCAACUGUUGAAUGUUUGUCCGCUCGACCUGCAACUGUUUUUAUGAAACAAUCAUUUGUUAUACAUACAUGUAUGAAGCUGUAUACACUGUUUUCGACAUAUGUUUUUUAGGAGCAUAUGUCACAUUCCUGCGCCAGUUCUUGUUUCAGGCUUUCCAUUCGUAUUUCAUCAUUAUUAUUUUAAUAUUUGGUUAAUUGAGACAUUAAUUUUGAAAAUUGCAUUUGGUUCAACCAAACGUUGUGAACAGUGCUUUCUUGUACAUUUGUUAAAAAAAAUGAAGAGUAUCUAAAGUAUUACCCAUAUUGCAGCAUUAUGAAUAUACUUUUACAUAAUUUUAGCUUAUAUAUAUUUUAAAUAAAGACAUAAAAUGUC